UGCUGGUGGUCACUGGAACCACGUUUGUCAGACCUUGUCAGAAUUGGACCCAUUCCAGAGGAAUCAAAGGUGCUUUUACCUUUUUCCAUUGUAACCACUGCUGCAGGGGUGUUUUUUCUACUUCUCUCUUUCUCUUUAAUCGUUUUGAAUGACAGAGAUCGAAUAUUGAAUUGUUUAUCCAUGGGUCGGUGGAGGAGAAAUAAUGACUCAAAUAAUACUGGUGAACUGCAGGAAGAAGUUGGAAAUAUAUUGGUGGGGAACCCCUUGAGUAUACGUGUGGUGUAUCCAUUGGAAGAUGAGGACUGGGCGAAUGGAGUGGUUUGUCAAAAUGCCUUUGCGGAAAGGCGUCUAGAGAUUCUCAAGCGGUAUUUUGAGUCGCAGCGAAGGAGAGCUGCUCCUGUAGAAGGUCAGACGGAACCCUUUGGUGCUGCAAGUGAUGGGAAUGAAUGUUCCUCGGAGUGUGAUGAUGAUGUCCCUGUGAAUGAGUGUUAUGUAUGCGUUUCACGUUUUCGAAGACAACUGAUUUGGUGGCCGUGUGGUCACUGGAUCUGUGCCAGUUGUUCUCGUAGGUUUUUAAGGAUGUCAGGGUCUUCAGAAGCUGCUUGCUGUCCGAACUGUCGAGGCUCCUGCAGACACGAGGAACUGGUGGCAGUUUACGUUGUCCCCAGGGACACCAACCAGUCAACUGAAAAUGUUCCUGUUGAACCUGUUGACCACAUCGAUAAUGUCUAA